GUUUCCGUAGUCACUGCACUCUGAACGAUAAGGCGUUCUAUGCCUCUGAGAUCUUCUGUAGAUCUGAAGACAAUAGUUACCAAGUUCAUUAAGGUUCAAAAUAACCAGCUGGCUAUUGUUCUUCUGGUUGUUCCCACCGGUUAAUUGCAUCGUUCCCGUUCGUAUAGAACCCAUAUCGCCGGUGAGCCACUGCACAGGCCCACAACUCGAUCCCAAUGAGCUCUGCCACUCCUCCUAAAGAAGACCCCGCAGUGCGACUGGCUCCGCCAGAAAUAUGGUGGCGGGACCAGUCUGUAUGGCUCGGGAAACAGGGAUACGUUCUCCGGCCUCGAUAUCGUCCGGGUUGGAAACCCUCUUGGACUGGGAUAGAGCUUGGGGUUGAUCAUGAGGAUGCGAGAAUACUUGGGUUUUCUGCAAUACUUGAUGCUACGAGGAUAGCUGACGGCGAACUUGUUGUCCUCAAAAGGAUUGACAACUCAGAUGAUCCGUAUGAGGAAGAGCUAACACGAUAUCUUGGUUCUGGCCCUCUAGCCUUAGAACCUCAGAAUCAUUGCAUCCCUCUGCUCGAUGUAUUGCAUCCACCAGAUGAACCUAACAUCAUCAUCCUUGUACUGCCACUGUUGCUGCCAUUUAACAAGCCUCGUUUCCGGACAUUUGGCGAAGCUAUCGAUUUCAUGCGACAAGCUUUCGAGGGCAUCAAAUUCCUGCAUGAUCACCUCAUCGCCCACAGGGACUGUGCGCAUUUGAACAUUAUGAAGGAGCCAAAGCCUCUUUUUCCCGACAUGUUUCAUCCUCUUGAUCCAGAGAAGUCACGAGAUUGGAAAGGCCGGGCAAAACACUAUUCACGAACAACACACCCCACCAAAUACAUCUUGAUCGACUUCGGUAUCUCAUGUCGAUACAGACCAGAGGAUAUGCCACCCCUAGAGCCUCCCGUUUACUCAGCAGACAGUACGGUUCCAGAGAACAUAAGGCACGAGCCUUGCAACCCUUUCCCUACCGACAUCUACCUCAUAGCGAAUGUCAUUCGCUUGUAUUUUCUCAAUCUAUAUGACGGCUUUGACUUCAUUUCUCCACUCAUUACCGAUAUGAUGCAAGACGAUGCAGAGAAGCGACCCACGGUAGAUGUAGUCAUAGCCCGCUUCGACAAGAUCGUAGGUGACCUCUCCAAGUGGAAAUUGCGCUCACGACUCAAGAAGCACAUCGAGUGGAAUGUUGCAGGCCUUUUCAGAUCCGGGGCACAUUUAAUCCGGACUGCUAGCUACAUGCUCAAGGGGUUGGAUCCUAUUCCAACCUUAAAAGCGUAGGAUUGCACAACUCCUUCCCCCCCUCGGUUUGUCGCAAGAUACCACCCCGGCAAAGCGUUCAUUAAUCAACCUAUACUUGUUUUCAUUCCGCUGUACAAUAAAAUUGUCUAAUAAUCACGAAAGCCUUGGGGGGGACCAUUGCGGAGAACAAGGACAAAGGCCUUCGGACGUACGAACGUCGAAAGGAGAAAAUCAAAAACCACGGGCAAAUUGAAGAGCGAAGCAUGUCAAAAUGAACCCCACGCAUCAAAGUCUGUGCGACAGUAAUUCAUAUUGAGAAACAAAGCCUGUUUAUGUCCGUACUCACCGUUUUCUGAACUAUUCAUGUGAGGCAUCCUGUUCCCUUGGUUUCUUCGUACGUGUUGUAUAUAGAACAACAAUAGUUACCUAGUUCGUCAGGGUUUAUUGUC